AUGGGAAUGCGGAAGAAGGCAGGCAAAAGAGAGAGAGACGCCCUGGAGGAUAGAGGAGGCGAGGCCAAAGCGGUACGUCGGAAGUCGCGAAAAGCUGCGAGCGCGACAGGAGAAAGGCCUGGGUGCGGCGGAGUCGCGGACCUCCCUCUCUUAUGUCUCGUGGCCGCGACAGCCUGUGAUCGCUUUCGCCGUUAUUUCCUUCUCACAAUUUUCGCUCUCCCCCAGAGAGAGAGACACCCGACGCGGCAUAGUGCCUUCGGCCGCGCGAGCCAGCGGGUCCCAGACAAAGAAUCUGCACAGGACGCUCGCGAGUCCGCCAGGCGACAAGGAGAAAGAGAGGAAGGAGGAGACCGCCGCCGCAGGGAAGGCCCGGCGGAAUCAACUAGAGAGCGGAAACGUGGACGGGUAGGGAAGCGCGGAUUGAGCGGCGCUUCGGCAACUCUCCUCAACGAAAAAAUCGCGGAAAAGCCGAAGCGCAUGCGUCGGCAACGACACCGGAGAAUUGGAUUACACGACGGCGGCUGGAGAGUAAAGAAGGAUCACCGAAAGAGAAGAGAAGGCCACGUUAUGGACGGGUGUCUCUGCCAAGUAGCCGAAGGGACACACGCAUGCAUGGGAGAAUCCUCGCAGCACUAA